AUGACCAAUGAGUUUUCUUGUUUAUCCUCUCCUAUCUCUACUACUGCUCAGACUGACCUAACUUCAAAAAAGAUUUUUGACAGAGGGUUUGAGCGCGGCGGGCUAUACUACUUCGGGGAGCCACCACCUUCUCAUCCUACCACUUCUGGCCUACAAGCAGUUGUGUUACCUGCGUCGUCUUCCUAUGUAUAUCGUCUUGAAGGUAGAAAGUCAGUUGUUAUUGUUUUUAAUUAUUUUCUUCCUCUGAUCAUGCAGGUUGAAGGGACCAAAUCUCCUGAGGAAAUGCUGACAAUAUUGCAGCGAGUGCUUGAAGAAAGUGCCCUUAUUCUUGUUGCCACGAGGCUUGAUUCAGCAAAAAGAAGAACCAACAUGCGUUUGAGGGAGGAACAAGAUGCUGCUUAUCGAGCAACACUUGAAGCUGAUCAAGCUAAGGGACGCCAGAGGAAAGAAGAGCAAGAAUGGUUGGCAAGGGAAGCUGCUGAAGCUGAAAGGAAGCAGAAGGAAGAAGAAGAGGCUCAUGAAAGAGCGGCAUGUGAAGCUACUGAGAAGAAGGCUGCAUUAGCUAGAAUGCGGGAGGAGAAAACCUUUUCACUUGGAGCUGAACCUGAGAAAGGACCUGAUGUUACUCAAGUUUUGGUGCGGUUCCCAACCGGAGAGCACAAGGGAAGGAGGUUCCAAAGUACUGCAACAAUUCAGUCUCUGUAUGACUACGUUGAUUCGUUGGGUUGCUUAGAAGUCGAAAGUUACAGUCUUGUCUCCAAUUUUCCCAGUGUUGUCCAUGGCCCAGAGAAGCUCUAUUUGUCCCUUAAAGAAGUGGGAUUACAUCCGCAGGCCAGCCAUUUUGUGGAGUUCAACUCUUGAGUGGCAACAUCUCUUACACAAAUUUGAAUUCGUAAGCUUAAAUUCAUUCGAGUAGUCUGAGAUUGAAC